AUAAGUGUGACGACGUCAAGUUUAUGUACCGCAUUAAUUCAAUUUUUGUCGACGCUCGUGAGAAUCCACUGUCAACGUUCACCAUGCUUGAAAGGCGUGUUAGUUGACAAGUACUCGUCUACAUACUGUGCUGAAUAUAAUGCUGCAUACCAACACCCAAAUCCUCGACUGAUGGACCGUGAAAUAUGGCAAAGGCUCAACAACGUGCUGCAGUGUCUGGAGGUCAACAAGAUGACCAUCUCAGACUUCAUAGAACAACUUCUGCAAAGCACAGAGGAGACCCACGAGUCAGCGAAGAAUGAUCUAGUGCGAAACGGCUUGGAUAUUUGCACUCACCUCUAUCAGUAUCCCAACACUCGCACAUCAAUGUCUUUGUGGGCACAUGGAGUCGUGAGGUCAGCACUCAGUGCAGAGAUCAAAGACCUAGCACGAAAGGAUAACAGAUUGCAUUUCCACGCCAAAUCCGCGACGACAGAGCAGCUAGAAAACUUGUUUAUGCCUCAGCUUGCUGAAAAAAUCAGAAAACACGCACCGACUGUUUGGAGAUUAAUAUUCUCGCUUCUCGAGGCUUCUGAUGAACGACGGAGCACGGGAAAAGCUACGGCUGAUGAUAUGGUAAUGACAGAAGUGUUUGCGGAUGCGGAGCGUGACCUUGGAGAGAUUGGUGGCGACAAUGGGGUAGAUGAAUCUGCGAUGUCAGAUACAAGUGACUCGGACGAACAAAGGAACGACUCAUGCAAGCAGCAUCCGCCGAAACGGUCCCAUGCCCAAGUAGAGGCAAGAAACACAACA